CCUCGGAGUAUGAGCGAAUCAACCCCCCCAACAGUACCGGAAUCGGCUCCAGCCCAAGGGGUUGUGAAGUUCAAGCUUCCACCUAAAUUCGCCCUAAAAUUACGCUCCAUUGUUCACGAAUCGGCGGAUGCCAAAGCCCAGAUGGAGCAAUCUGUCUCGAUGAAUUCUUCCGCUUCUCCCCAGGAGACACAUCCCAAGCAAGACAGUCACAAGCUUGCAGUCCAGGAGAGCGCCAGCCCUAAGCUUGUAGCGCCUGGUCCUGAAGUCCACGCCAUGCAGCAGCCACCAGUCGCGUCUACGGGCGAGAGCUGCAAGCGCCCAGCUUCCAACUCAAAUGACACUCCGGCCAAGAGAGUUCGUGCUUCUUUCGAUGAUGUCGAGGCAGAGUUCAAGCUGAUGCGCAAAAGGCUCGAGAAGGAGCAAAAUGAGAAAAGUCAAUUAGUGGAGGAGAACGGAAAACUGUUGGAGGGAAACGCAGAACUGCGUCGGCAUAACAAUCAUCUAGAGGUUAAGUGUCGUAGCUGGGAAGAUUGGGGUAGGAGGUCGUGGGCUGAAAGCGUAAAGCUCAGGGAUGAGAAGCAUGAUCUUGGUAGACAGCUUGAGUGUUUUGAGAAAGUCAAAAAGAUCGUGGCGGCCCGCGAAGACUGAGCCCGCU